AUGUCGCUGCCAGUCUCAAUAAGUACGACAAGUAAGGAUCCUUCCUCUUUGGAUUUGUGGGCUUUGAAUAUUUCGGGGAUUCCCUUCACGUUCAAUAUGACCCUUAAUGCUACCUAUUCCGAGAGAGUUCAUGCAACAGAUGAAUGGUUUUUUUAUAUUUCCCUUGUAAUAACCAUUUUGGCGGCUGCAGUGUUGGCAUUUCUCGUCAUUUGGUACACGUAUCAAAGUAGAAAAUACGUUUCGUUUUUUCUCUAUAUUCCCUUAUAUUUGAAUUAUACGCUUCUGUUCAUUUCAGUAUCUCUCAUAACAUUGGACGUCAGUAUUGCUUUGGCUUCGCCAGGAGUUUUGCCAGAUGAAGCUCUUGUGUGGUGUUGGAACAUCAUUUAUUGGACUUUACAAAUUCUCUCAUGGAUUAUUCUUCCAAUUUUACAGAGCUAUGCAUACACUGGGGAAUUUUCUUUGAUUGGAAAGCUUAUACGGGCUAUCUUGUCAAACAUAGUCACAUAUUUGAUUAUGGGCUUGGUGGCAGGUGUAUGUAUUGCAGUAUUCGUCAUUUACCUUGCAAUUAGGGACGUUUCCCUCUUGACAUUUUCAUUUCUGGUCAGUGUGGCUGUUUCACUCUCAAAUUUUGCUGGUCUUGUGCUGCUGUCACUGUUCUUGGGUUAUGGAAUUGUCAAAGCUCCUCGAACUCUUUGGAAAAAAGCUAAUAUUGAAAGAACCAUCAAAUGGAACUGUAUAGAAGCUCCAGAAAAAAGAACUAAACUUAAAAAGGAGGAGAGAGCCUUGGUAGAGAUGAUUGUUGUUGUUAAGGAAGUGCUAAAGAUUGUGGAUAGUAACCACAAGUUCAUAUGGUAUUUGAACCAAAUGACACAAACUUGUGAGUACAUCAUGGAAGAAUUUCCCAGCCUGACCAAAAAAGUGAACAAUCUCCAUAUUUUGGAAUGCAGCACAUACAACAAACAAACAUAUGACAAAUUUUUGGAGGUUGGUUCUGAAAAGAGAAUAUGUCCCGAAGAGAGUAAAAACAAGAUGUGUUCUCGCUCUACAUGUGUGAAAAUGCAUAGUGAAAUUCAGAGAGCCUCCAGAGAAUACCGAUCGAAGAAGUAUGAAUGGGAUAAAAAGCUAAGGGAAACGUUUUAUUAUCAAGAUGUCAUUCGUAGUUGCACCUAUCCAUCAAACCAUCCUCUGCACAAAAAGACCAUUAUAUCUGCAUUUUCAACACAUGGACCAAUUGUCAAUCGAAUACUCUACUAUUACUACCGUUACAUUCAUUGGCUAUUUAGGAAAACCUUGGCAUUGUUACUGGGUGUGUUUGGAUUGGCCAUUCUUUGGAGCGAAUUGACUCCAAAUUUAGCUCUUCUUAUUGAUGAACGAGGUUCUUCAAUAUUCUUUGAAAUCAUAGAUCGCCUUCGCGGCAAUAGAGCAGCAACACAAAUUGUUUCACUGUUAAUGAUUAUUUCUAUUUCAUUUUUGAUGCUUGCGGGGUUGUUUAAGGUAAAGCUAUGGACUAUAUUCAAAAUGAUGCCCUACAACACAGAUACCUAUUCCUUGUAUUUUUCAGCCUCAUUAAUAUGCAGAGCUAUUCCUUCUUUAUGUUACAAUUUUUUGCAGCUUAUUGAAAUUAAGAGUGAUGAUGGCGUUGCUUUUUUCCAUGUUGUUGGCAUUUUGGAUUUUGACAUUUUACAGCCUGGUCUAGGUUUUGUGACUCAAAUUUUGAAACAUUUUCCAAUGAUUAUCAUUGUUGUAGCCUUUUUGUGCCUAUUAAGAGUGCCAGAAAGAAUUGCAAAUUUCAAAAGGUUGAAAUGGAGAGCAUUUUCAUUCCGUCAAUAUUCCAACGAAGAGCUUGAGGAAGGAAUUCGUCUCAUGAAGCGGAAACGAAAGUCUGCGCUGAUGAAAAUGAAUUCCCAACAAAAAUUGAAGGAAAAAAAGGACUUGAAAGCAAUACUCUUCUCCAUUUUCCACAUUCAAACUUCCUCAAAACAAGAAAAUCCCCUAGCCCAAUCAAGCCAAGCUUCUGAAACCUCCUUCGAAGAAAUGGAAUACAUAAAGCUGGACUAA